AGUCAGUGAUGCUUCAGCCUGCAGACACCAUGAAGGCAACUCUGCUUUUCCUCCUGUUGUUGAGCGUCUGCCAGACGUCUGUCCACAGUCGGGCCUCUGUGACAGUCACCCCCAAUAAGUCUCAGUUUGUAGAUUAUGACACAGUCUCCGUGAGCUGUGAGCAGAUGAGCUCCGGUGAAUGGACAACGUGGAGAUGCACCACAAAAAGUAAGACUGUGACCCAGUGUGGAGUGGGCUGGGGCAAGCUGAAUUCCUCCACCUGCGUCAUCAACUCAGUCAAGCAGACCGACAGCGGAGUGUACUGGUGUCAAUCCAAACAGGGAGAGAGCAGCAACACCGUCAACAUCACCGUCAUUGGUGGACCAGUGAUCCUGAGGAGUCCUGUCCUCCCUGUGAUGGAGGGACAUGACGUCACUCUGUCCUGUAGGACAACGACGUCCUCCAACCUCCCAGCUGGUUUCUAUAAAGAUGGCUCCUUCAUCAGGACUGAGCCUGAAGGUCACAUGACCAUCCAGCAUGUUACCAAGUCUGAUGAAGGCCUCUACAGGUGUAACAUGACAGGUGGAGAGUCUCCACCCAGCUGGCUGCUGAUGAAAGAUGAUUCGGACCCGGUCUCGCUCUCGGUGUCUCCUGACUCCUCUCAGCUGUUAGAGUACGAGAAUCUGUAUCUGAGCUGUGGCGACAACAGCGGCUCUCACGGGUGGAGGGUCAACAAGUUCAAUGCGACUAGAAUUAUGUCCAGCUGUAAAGAUGAAUGGAGGAAUCAAACCACUGUCGGCUGCUUCAUCCAGACGGUCAAGCACAGCGCCACCUACUGGUGCGAGUCUCCUGCAAAGCAGCGGAGCAACUCUGUCAGGAUCAGCGUCACUGGUGGACCAGUGAUCCUGAGGAGUCCUGUCCUCCCUGUGAUGGAGGGACAUGACGUCACUCUGUCCUGUAGGACAAAGACGUCCUCCAACCUCCCAGCUGGUUUCUAUAAAGAUGGCUCCUUCAUCAGGACUGAGCCUGAAGGUCACAUGACCAUCCAGCAUGUUACUAAGUCUGAUGAAGGCCUCUACAGGUGUAACAUGACAGGUGGAGAGUCUCCACCCAGCUGGCUGUUUGUCAAAGACCCACGCGGCUCGGCCUCAUCGGCUGCAGACUCCGCCCCGUCCGUGUUGGGAGUGAUACGCCACCUGCUGGUGUUCUCCCCGUACUGCAUCUCCACCGUCCUCAUGGUGUCCGUAUAUCGAAACAGGCCUUCAGGAAAGAACCAGCCUGUUGCUAUGACGAUGUUUCCACCCAGCGAGGAUGACGAAGAAUUGGACCAACCGUAUGAUGAUCUCAUCGCUGACGUCACCACCCAGCAUCAUUUCUAAACUUUUUCUCUCUUAAUGUUGUCUUUAUUUUUUUAAUGUAUGUUUUUAUGUCUCAGCGCCAUCGACAGGCGUGAGAGGCGUUGUGUUUUCAGAUUAUCUGUCCUGUUCGUACUUUCAUUCUCGUGAACUCGAUAUCUCAGGAACACCUGGAGGGAAUUUCUUCAGAUUGGUCACAAAUGUCCACCUGGACUCAAAGAUGAACUGAUCAGAUUUUGGUGGUCAAAGGUCACCGUGACCCCAGUAAACCCCCUCAAUAAUCCAUAUUUUAAUUAUGACAAUUCAACACAAAUGUCUAACAGGAUAAAAUGAUAAAGUGAAGACAUUUUGGACAAACAUGAAUGUAAACUGCUACUGUAAUACAGUUUUAAUGUUUUAUCAAUAAAGUGAACUUUUCAGUCAGAAUAGUUUAUUGUCACAGUUGACUGUUUUUAAUUGUUGCUUUGAUGUGUUUCCUUUUGUUUCUUGAUUGUUUUUGGCUUCACAGUUGUAACUUUUAGGGCUGAAACACUUUUAUUCAGUAUGAAUAACAAAUGAACAUGUUUGCCUUGGGCGACCCCUAGUGGUAGAAACAACACAAUAAUUAAAAUGUUCAAACUCUUUGGAUUAAAAUAUGUCUAUCACU